AUGACUCUCAUCGUCAUUUUCAUCUCAAUGCUUACAGUAUUCCAUCAAGAUUGCAGAGGUCAAGUGACCGUCACUCAGACUCCGCUAAUAACAGCACAACCAGGACAAGAUGUCAGAAUAAGCUGCAAAGCCAGCAGGCCGGUGCAUCUUAAUGACCACGUGGCUUGGUACCUCAGCAAACCUGGAGAAGCUAUUAAAAUACUUAUUUACCGUGCCAAACAUCGAUUCACUGGAGUGCCAUCUAAAGUGACAGGAAGUGGACACGGAGCCGACUUCACUCUGACCAUCAGUGGAGUCCAGCCUAAAGAUGCAGGACUUUACAUCUGUCAGAGCGACCACACUGGAGCAAUCGACACACAGUGA